CCGAGGGAUGAAGAGCCGGAAAUUCUGCUGCGUAUAGGUCGAUUUUAUGUAUAAACCGUCUAUAUGAACAAUGCUACAACCGCCCCUACUUCGCCCAAUUGAUCACGCUUCUAUAAUGACAGAUGCGUUGAGAGAUGCAGUUGCGGCAUGCUGAAGGAAGUGUUGGAUGAGGAAUCGUGCUGCGCAGGCUGCCGUACCCGGAUAACCGACCGUUUCUACCUGCUCGCGGUAGAUCGGCAGUGGCACCUAGGCUGCCUCCAGUGUUCCGAAUGCAAGCUAAGCCUCGACACGGAAGUCACCUGCUAUUCGAGGCACGGCAACAUUUACUGCAAGCACGACUACUACAGGUUGUUCGGCGUUAGGCGUUGCAGCCGCUGCGGGGCUGGAAUCUCCUCUUCCGAACUUGUUAUGCGGGCGAAGGGUGAGGUUUUCCACGUCCACUGCUUCGCCUGCUCCAGCUGCGGCGUCUUGCUGACAAAAGGUGACACAUUCGGAAUGAGAGAGGGUUCCGUGUACUGCCGUCCGCACUACGAGCUGCUACCGUGCUCUCAGGACGUCGAGGCUCCUCUUUCGCCGGCAUGGGCGUCCAAGGGCAGGCCGAGGAAAAGAAAGCUGUCUUCGCCCGAGCCACAGGACCAACUCAGACUAACACAUCCAUCCCUAGAAGUAAUCCACGCCGGGGAUCUGUCAUCUUCGAUGGAAUCACUCUCUUACGACAGUUCUGCGACUUCGCCCAGCAUCCCGCAGCAAAGGACGAAGAGAAUGAGGACCUCUUUUAAACACCACCAGCUCCGUACGAUGAAGUCCUACUUCGCAAUCAACCAAAAUCCCGACGCCAAAGACCUCAAACAACUAGCUCAGAAAACCGGCCUUUCAAAAAGAGUUCUUCAGGUCUGGUUCCAGAACGCGAGGGCGAAGUGGAGGAGGAACCUGAUGCGCCAAGAAGGAGGCGGCAAUGCCGGUUGUCCGCAGGCGCCGCUCAUCGUGACAGAGACGGUCACCUCGCUGGAAGACCUCCAGCAUCAGCAAGGGCUCGCAUUUUCAGACAUGUACUGAUGAGAUUUGACACAUUUCUGAAUCGAUUUCCUCCCGUUGAAGAGGUUUCUUUGCUCAUUCAACUAAGAGAACCCCUUAGAGACAAUCCUCAGAUGAAAAUAUGUGACAUAUGUAGUCCUCUCUUUAAGUACGACUACGGGGUAAAGUAAAAGGAUGCUUUUACAAAAAAUUUAAGAUUCGCUCAUCCUCAAAUGAAAAGACCCUUUUGUUUUAGUUUAAUCCGUAUUUUAUUAUUUUCUGGUGACAUUACAAAAUAUAUUAUCCAGAAUUUUUGACUGCAAAAGACUUUCGGUCUCUGCUAUUUCUUUGUCUUUACUAAUUAACAAGGAAACUUUCCCUUCCUUAUCUUUGAUAUAAUAUCAGGGUAAUCCUAAAAUAUUCUGGUGUAAUCUUGAGAAAAAAAGUUGAUCCUCUAAAAUGA